AUAAAAGAAGUGGUCGUUCUAAAAUUAUUUUUCCAUUUCCAUCCCACCAAAUUUCCCCUCCAUUCCUUUCCCUUCCCCUCCCCUCCUUUUCCCUCGUCUCAAAUAUUGGGUAAUAGAGCUGAACAAUCAACUGCAAUAUAAAUACAGAGAGAGAAGCACACGCACACAUACACAUACGCCCAGUUACGAUAAGCGUCGCUCAAUCUUUAGGGCAAAAAUUAGGGUUUUGCCGUUGCUCUUUCCGCUCUCCGGUGACAUCCCGGUGCUUGCCGAUCGGGUUGUUAAGUAACUACAGCGUGACUUGAAGAAAAGAAAUGGAAUUUUUUGACGAUGAGUGUGAAUCUGUUCCACAUUCUGUUUCGAAUUACCAUUUUGUUGAUGACAAGGAUGAGCUAGUUUCUUUUUCAGAAUUGCCAGUUCAAUGGAAAGAGGGUGAAAGCUCAGACAACAAGGGAAAAGAUAUAUUUUUGCAUGGAAGUACUGAUAAUGGGCUUCAGAAAAUAUAUAAGCAGGUCACAGCAUGGAAGUUUGAUCUUUCGGAUGAAAUGCUGGAGAUAUUGGUGCUAUCUACAGAAAAUAAUUGGAUCAAGCUUCAAAAGCCAAGAAAGAGUUUUGAGGAAAUAAUUAGGACCAUCUUGAUCACUGUCCAUUGCCUACACUUUGUGAAGAAUAAUCCUGAAAAGUCCGGGAGAUCUUUGUGGGAUCACUUGUCCAAAGUUUUUAGCUUGUAUGAAGUCAGACCUUCAGGGAAUGAUCUGGUAGAUCACAUAAAUAUAAUCAGUGAAGCUGUCAAAAGGGAUGAUACCUUAGCAAAAUCCAAGUUUUUAGUUGAAUUUCUUGAGGAGAAGCCUGGGAAGAGGAAAUUUUUUGACGAGGAUGUGGAAAAUACUGUAAAGUCUGGUUUCAUAGUUGAUGAUGAUAUGAUUGAUAAAGAUGAUGAUAUGAUUGAGAGAGAUGAAGAAGAUGGUUCCGAUGAAGAGGAAGACCUUUUUGAUUCUGUUUGUGCAAUUUGCGACAAUGGUGGCAACAUUUUGUGUUGUGAAGGGAGAUGCAUGAGGUCGUUUCAUGCAACUGUUGAAGCUGGUUCUGAAUCAAUGUGUAAAUCACUCGGCUUUUCUGAUGAACAAGUGGAAGCAAUACAAAAUUUUUUCUGCAAGAAUUGUCAGCACAAGAAGCACCAGUGCUUCUCUUGUGGGGAAUUGGGCUCUUCUGAUAAAUCAUCUGGUGCUGAGGUCUUUCCUUGCGUUUCUGCUACCUGUGGUUAUUUUUACCAUCCACAUUGUGUUGCAAAAUUGCUCCACCGUGAGAGUGAAACUGAUGCAGCGGAGCUUCAGAAAAAGAUUUCUGCAGGGGAAUCUUUCACUUGUCCUGUCCAUAAAUGCCAUGUAUGUAAACAGGGAGAAAAUAAGAUGGUUCCUGAAUUGCAAUUUGCUGUUUGUAGACGUUGUCCAAAAUCGUACCACAGAAAAUGUUUGCCUAGGAAGAUUGCUUUUGAAGACCUGGAGGAGGAGGACAUCAUACAGAGGGCUUGGGAAGAUCUUCUGCCCAACCGUAUUCUGAUAUAUUGCUUAAAACAUGAAAUUAAUGAUGAAAUUGGGACUCCUAUUAGAAACCACAUAAAAUUCCCUAAGGAUUUAGAAAAUAAGAAAAGACGUACAUCUGAUUUGCUCUCGACCAGAGAGAGAGUUGCAUCAAGGGAGAGUAAUCUGGCUUCGGAAGAUGCUUCCAGGAAGAGAACUGUUGGGAAGACACUAAAAGGGUUUGAAAAGCUGUCUUCUGCUAAUAAGGAGGGUGAUUUUUUCAAGAAGAGUGAGCGAAGAUCAAGCGGAUCUGAUUUCGUGAAGAAACAGAAAAUGAUGGAUACUUCCAGAAAGCCUUUGAACAAGAGUGCUUCUGCAAAGUUCAGUAAAGUCUCCACCAAUGACAGUGGGCCCUCCUUGGGUGAAAGGUUGUUUGCCUUGGUUGAAAAGGGUGCUGAGGCAGUUAAGUCGAAGAAGGAGGGCACACCUGACAGUGAACCCAACCAAAAUGUGACUCUGAAGCCUGUUGCAAAGGAAACAACCAGUUCACUGCCUCUAGAUGCUGAUACCAAGAGAAGAAUAAUGUCUGUGUGGAAAGAUGCUUCAUCGUCAAUAACACUGGAACAGAUCAUAAAAAAGCACAAGGUGCCAACAACCCAUGCAUACUCAUCAAGAUAUGUUGUUGAUAAGACCAUUACCAUGGGAAAAGUGGAGGGCUCUAUUGAGGCUCUGCGGGCAGCUCUAAAGAAGCUGGAAGAAGGGGGCAGUAUUGAAGAUGCAAAGGCGGUUUGUGAGCCUGGGCUUCUGAACCAGAUCGUUAAGUGGAAGAACAAGCUAAAAGUGUACCUUGCACCAUUUCUUUUUGGCAUGCGCUACACAUCUUUUGGUCGCCAUUUUACAAAAGUGGACAAGCUGAAAGAGAUUGUUAAUAUGCUCCAUUUGUACGUACAAGAUGGUGACAUGAUUGUCGACUUCUGUUGCGGUGCUAACGAUUUCAGUUGCCUUAUGAAAAAGAAGCUUGAUGAGACAGGAAAAAAGUGCUCAUACAAAAACUAUGAUGUUUUACAGACAAAGAAUGAUUUUAACUUUGAGAAGAGAGACUGGAUGAGUGUCCGUCCAAAGGAAUUGCCUACAGGGUCACAGUUGAUCAUGGGGUUAAAUCCUCCUUUUGGAGUUAAUGCAGCCCUAGCAAACAAGUUCAUUAGUAAGGCACUUGAGUUUAAGCCAAAACUCCUCAUCCUUAUUGUUCCACAGGAGACAGAAAGGUUGGAUAAGAAGGAACCCCCCUAUGAUCUAGUGUGGGAGGAUGAUGAGUUGCUUGCUGGCAAGUCUUUUUAUUUACCUGGAUCUGUUGACGUAAAUGACAAACAAAUAGAUCAAUGGAAUGUGAGCCCACCACCACUCUAUCUUUGGAGUCGCCCUGAUUGGACUGCUAAGCACAAGGCAAUUGCUCAACAGCAUGGUCACUCAUCCAGGGUACGGGAGGAGUCAUGUUUGAAUGAAAAUCAGCACGAAAUGCUGGCCAAUGAUUUUCAUCCAGUGGAGAAUCAUGAUCUUACUGCUGAAACUUCAAUAGUGAUAGAUGAUUAUUCUUUUCAAAAUGGAGAACCAGAACAGGUUCAAGAAAGAGCAAGUGUGACUACAGAUCAUAAAGAAGGCCCUUGCAAUAAUGGUGACAGAGAAGCCCAGAAGAAUCAUGACCUUAGUAAGAACCUAUCUAACGAGAAUCCGAAAAAGAGACAGCGUGAUAAAGGAAAGCAUGGGAAAGGUUCAGGUGAGAUUGCCCCAGAAGACAGACAAAAAAGUAGUAGUUCAUCUGUGGGUGUGAUGUCUAAGGGAAUGGCUCGCCAUUCCCCACACCAUUCUGCUCGCCGUUCCCCUCGCCAUUCCGGUCGCCCUUCCGCUCGCCCUUCCCCACCCAAGGUGACUGGUGCUAAAUCAUUGGAUGGGCACCCAUCCAAACCUCUUGAAAUACCCUUGCAUACAGAGGUUGGCAACGAAAGGCAGUACAACCAAAUCGGUGCUGGAUCCAGUUCACAGUUUCAGACGGGAUACGCUGGGGCUUCGGCUGAUGACAUGGGAAGGAGGUAUGGCUUGAACACCGAGGAGCGUUAUACAGGUGUAACCCAUAGAUAUUCAAGCGGUGUUAGUCCUGUUCCUGAUUACGGGGUUAGGAAUUCAGAGGAACGGAUUCCCGGUUACCAGAGAGAGAGUGCAGAUAACUACGGUUACAGAUCUUCUUACAUCGGUGAGAUGGAUGGUAGGUAUGGAAUGGAGCCAGAUAUACGGUCACAGGUCCCAUUUUAUGGGCGACAAGAUCAUGAUCCUUUAAGUCUAAGCAGCAGCUAUUUAGCAGGUCAGAAUCCUGGGUUUCAAUCUUCCUUUGGGCAACCAGGCUUGGCAACUGAGUCAUCUUACAGUACAAUGGGCACAUCCACAAUGCAGCGAUAUGCACCUCGACUGGAUGAAUUAAACCACACGAGGGCCAACCCCUUAGCGCCUGAUCUGUCUAUGAUGCGUAGGCAUGGCAGCUACGACCCUCUAGCUCCCCGACCAGGAUAUGGAGCUGACACACUUGGUUUCGCCCCUGGCCCUUACGGCUCCUAUUCACAACGGAACUCAUCAGGCUGGCUCAAUGAGUAGAUUGUCUAGCAUAUGCUUUUUGAUGUAACAGGUUUACUAUUUUUUGUGAAUAUUAUGUUGCGGCUAAGACAUUAUUUGUCGUGGCUGUCAUCUUUGCUUCCGAAUAAUUUGUUAUGACAUUUUAUAUUGUAUAGCUGAUUACAGUCGGGCCUA